UAUCUUCUUUCACUGGAACCCCUUCUGACGAUUCCACGUAGUCGUCCGCUAGAAUCCUCUUCCAUCUGAGGAUGAAUAGUUUUUCUUUUUGCAUAGCAGCUCUUGCUGCCCUUCUCCUUGCAUCAUGCAUCUUUGGGAAAGAUGAUUUCGACUCUAGACUGGUUAUUAGUGAGGUUUCUCGAAAGAUAGACCUUUCGACUCAGCUGACUAAAGUCAGUACUUCCUUAACUCUAGAGAAUGAAGGAGAUUCUGCAGUAGGACACUUUCAUCUGGCAAUCGAACCAGCUCUUGUCGAUAAACUUGCAUUUGUUGGAGUUACGGUGAGUUUUCUUAAGCUUAUUUUCUAUGUUACAGAUAAAUUGCUCGAAGCGUGACGGCGAAGACGAAUCUUUUGUCUGUAAAUUCUGUUCUACUGCUGCCACGUAUCGAAUCACAAGAAAUUCUAUCUUAUAGCUCACGUUUUCCUUGUGGAUUUUUAGGCCAAGACCCCUGAUGACGAGGACUCGACUUUAACUAUGGAACAAGUAGAAAUCGAAGCACAUAGGUAAGCAUUUAUGCUGGUGAAUUUCAUUUCACAAUAAACGAAACAAAUAGUAAUGAAUGUAUAGUCAUCUUUUUAAACGUGCGUGACGUUCUUGUUGUAUUACGCUUUCUUUAUUUGUUCUCGAACAUUUCGGACAGAUCCAACAAUUGUUUGCUUUGUAGCGUGAAGCAACCACAUAUUAUGUGUGAUUUUCAUGUCGUAAAAAAUGCAUUUGAAAUGGUUGCUACAUGUAGCUAAAUAAUAACAUUUAGUUUGUGGUAGUUCGAAGUAAAUUUCGAUUUUAAAGUAAUUUGGAUUUUCCCAUUUGUUCUUGUUGCAUUACUAUUGUCCUUAAAGGAUAGAAAAUGCAAAUCGAACAAGUUUGAAAUAAUUUAGACUGAAUUCAUUUUAAACAACAACAUGUACAGGCACUGUGUACAUGUGUGCAUUUGUGAGGCAAUGACUUUCCUCUAUCUUAUCCUUGUGAUUUUAAAUAUUUUCCUCAAUUAAUUUAUUAUUUAGUGAAACAAAGUUCUUCAGAGCAGAUCUUGGAUUUCGCCUGAAACCAGGACAUUCAGUUGAGCUGACUGUGGAUGAAGUAUUUGCUCAUGCCAUGACUCCCUUCCCAACCAAGAUCACUCAAUCUGAGAAACAAUUUGUCCUCUUUUCUGCCAACCAUUAUUACUACACACCUUACACUGUUAAAAAACAGAGUGCAACUGUUUCCUUGGCAACGUCCUCUGUGGAGUCCCACAGUAAGCUUAAGCCCACCAGUCAGUCAGACAAUGCUAUAACAUAUGGACCUUACAGUGAUGUUGAGGCAUUCCAGAUUAGUCCUAUGAGAGUUCAUUUUGAAAACAACACUCCUUUUCUCUCGGUAUGUACUGUAUGAUUAGUCAAAUGCUCUGCUAAUGUUAGAGUGAAAUCACUGAAUCAAAUUUUUAAAGCAAACUUUCAUCCUGAGGCUCUAAAAUCUUCCCAGAUCAACAUUUUUUUUAGUAAUUAAUAACUGACAAUUUUGUGACAAGUUGUACAAAUCUGUAUUCAGGUGACACUGGCAUGGAUUGUGUGGGUUUUAUCACUUUUGUUUUUUGGUUUCAAUUGAACCUUCAAAAGCUUUUGUAGGUUGAAUAUCUUGACUUUUGGAUAUCCAGGAGUGAUCAUUUUGUUAAUCCUUUUUUCAAGUGGAAUAGAUCAUUAAACAGAUGGGUGGGGAGAAUUAUGGAAAAAAUCUGAACAAGUAGAUAUUAGAAAGUUUCAGUGUAUUGAAUGUUUGUGAAACUUAUUAACUAAGAAAGAAACUUCUGCAGUUCGAAAGAUAUUCAUGUAAAUAUGUACUAGGAGGUACAUGUUGGGUAAAUGUGAGUUUUUGUGUUUUUUAAUUCAGGUGCUCCACAUGGCACGGACAAUUGAAGUUUCCCAUUGGGGCAAUGUUGCAGUGGAAGAAACCUUUCAUAUGAAGCAUGUGGGAGCAGAACUCCAGGUGAGUGUUUACUGUUUAAGAGAUCUGUGGGCUUAUGUAAGUUAAGAAUGUACAGUGUAGGAUUUUUCCAUCACUUUUGACUUAGUGUUUACUUCAAAGGACCAGCUUAUCCUAGACUUUGGUCUCUUAUGCAUCUUGUGAUUUUUUUUUUCCCAAGAUAUGCACAUGGGCUGAACAUGCAUUUUGUCAUAAUAGUUCAUGUGCUUCAUCACCUUAACCCUUUAACUCCCAUAAGUGACCAAGAGAGAAUUUCUCCUUACCAUUUCAGUAUAAUAUCAAGCAGACAAGUGAUGAGAAUAAAGAAAAAUAUGAGUAAGAGGAUUAUGGAUUAUUAGUUGAUCCAAUACCAAAGUCUUGAAACUAAAUCACAAGAACUGUAUGGUAAACAGUAAGGAGAAUCACUAAUGAGAUCUUGGGAGUUAAAGGGUUAAUCUCUAUGGUUUCAUACAGCAUUAAUAUUUACCUGUGGUUAUUCAGAAGGAUGUUCUGAGGAUAAUUUUUCUUUACUCUCAUCUCUGGCUUGCAGGGUCCAUUUUCGAGGUAUGACUAUCAACGUACCCCAGCUCCUUCUUCAAUCAAGUCUUUCAAGUCUGUUCUGCCAGCAUCUGCCAGUGAUGUGUAUUAUCGGGAUGAAAUUGGUAACAUCUCCACCAGUAACCUGUGGUCUCAAGAAGAUUCGGUCGAGUUGGAGUUGCGACCAAGGUUUCCUCUGUUUGGUGGCUGGCAAACAAGGUUCUACAUGGGUUAUAAUGUUCCUAGUUAUGAGUAUCUAUACAACCUAGGUGAGUCGUCAGCUGUGCUCUGUAGUGGAAGAACUGUAUUAUCGCAACAGGAUCUAUUGUGCAAAAAAUAUUUUUCUGCAUGUUAUCAUUUAUUGUUAAUUUUUUUUCUCCCUUCUAUUGAAGGGGUACUUACCAUCAAAAUAAAUAAUUAUGUUUAGAAAAGUUGUCCAACCUAGUGUUGGUUUGGAAGAUUGUACCUAAUUUAGUGGGAACUCUGGGUGUUCUUGCAGUAUUGUAGUAAUAAAAGGGAAUCUAAAUCACAUAUAUUUAUAAAUAGUGACCUCUAUUUGGUACGAAAAUAUGAGGGAUGUUUGUCUGCAGUCAUUAUUUGUAUCAAGAUGGGAAACAAGACAUGAGGUCUAAAAAUUGGGGAAUAUCACUUGUGAGAUAUCCUCAGAUAUUCCCCAGUUUUAGCUGGGGCAUAUUCAAUCACAUGAUGUGUUUGGACCAAUUGCCCAUGAGCAGAAGUAUUUGAUGGAUUAUAUUCAAAGAUUUUUUGAUGAAUGAUUGAUCUAUGAAAAACUACUGGUAUUUUUGAGAGGAUUGUGGUGAUUCUUUUCCCGUAUGAAUGACUAUGCGACAGUUGUGUUAAUUUUGUAAUAAACCAAAAAUUAAUGCUUGUUUACUUUUUUCCCAAUUUUAUAGGUAGCAAAUAUGUUCUAAAGAUGAGAAUUAUUGACCACAUCUAUGAUGAGUUCGUUGUUGACAACCUUGCAUUGCGCAUCAUUCUCCCAGAAGGAUGCACGUAAGAUUAUAUACUUUGUUAGCUAAGAAUUGAAAAACAUAGUAAUGAGAUAAAUAUAUCCUAUUAGACAUUUUGGUGUGUAGUAUUGCUGAGUAAUUUGACAAGUUGUGCUGUAUUUUGACAAGCCCAUAGGGCAAGUCAAAAUACAAAACAAUGAGUAAAAAUUCUCAGUGAUACUACAUACCAAAAGGUCUAAUAUGUUAUUUAUUAUCCAACUGCUUUUUUUUCUGGUAAGUCUUUCUGUUCAUUUCUCAUAAGGCGGGAAAAGCAAAGUGGAUAGAAAAGCAUAAUGUGUGCAGCCAACUGGUUAAACAGGUUUUUUAUAGUACAAAACAACCAAUUGUCCAAUUAGCCAUUCAAUAUCACAGGAUAUUUGUACUAUAUUCCUGCAUUGUUUGUACUCUGCUUUGUGCAGUUGGAUGAUAAUAAUUGGUAUUUCUUAAUUUCAUGAUAUCAUUGUUCUUGAUGUUGAUAUGUUGGGUUUUCAUCCUUUUUUCUGUAGAGACAUUGAAUUGAAAGCUCCUUUUGCGAUGGAGGAAGGAAAACGUGAAUUGCAUUAUACCUAUCUGGAUACAAUUGGACGUCCUGUGGUUGUUGUGCAGAAAAGUAACCUGGUAGAGCAACACAUUCAAGACUUUGAGGUAUAUAGCAUAAACCUUUUAACUCCCAGGAAGUGACCAAGAUAGAAUAUUUCCGUACAAAAAUUAAUACAAUAUCUAGCAAACAAUUGAUGAGAAAAAUUAGCAAUAAGGAUUAUUAGUUGAUCCAAUACCAAAUCCUUAGAACUGUCAUGAUGAGAACUGCAUGGUUUGUGGUAAAGAGAAUUACUACAGACAUCUGGGGAGGGAGGGAGGUAAUAAUUCAGGUAUAUGUACCCAUUUGGUUUUUAAGUUAUUUGGGUUGUCAGUUCAUCAGGUAGGCAUUUGGUUGGUCAACUGUUACAGUAACAAAAGCAGGGCGUGAAAUUAACUUUUUUUCUGAUAGCCACUUGGCUCCUAAAUUCUUCAAAGUGGUAGCAAUUCAAAAAAAGUUGGUCGCCAUUUUCAAAGACAAACAAAAUCUUUCUUUACGCUGUCAGCGUUCUAGAUAGACCCUCCAAAAUUGAGUUAGGGAAAAGAUCUUUAACAUGCUACAAAGUGGACACUAGGAUGGAUGAUAUACAACAUUCAGGCUCAUCUAAAUCCAAGAUGGCAUCUAGUUAUCGGUCGAGAUGCAUAUGCAAUGUUUUGGAAACAAACUUAACAAGGAAGUUUGCCGCAGAUUUAUCUUUGCAAAUCUUUUUAAUUCAUUAUAUCUCUUGGCAAGGUUAUGAUGAAACGUUCUAGUCGCCAAUUUGGCGACUAACUUUCAGGAUUUGGUCGCCAAAGUGAAAAAUUUAGUCGCAUUGGCGCCUGUAUUAGGCACAAUUUCAUGCCCUGUGAAGUACCCCUUAAUUAAACAAAGGCUUUGUACAUAUAAGUGUUCAAGCAAAGAACUGCAGGAUUAAUGAAUUAAUUCCCUUGCUGUGCCAUUAUAAUUUUAUGUGCCUUAACCCUACUUUGGUCUUUUAACAGCUGCACUACACCUUUAAUAAAGUACUUCUCUUACAAGAGCCACUUCUAGUUGUUGGUGCAUUUUACUUGCUCUUCAUGCUUGUUGUCAUCUACAUGAGGUUGGACUUUGCAAUCAGCAAGGUAAGGCUGUAAAAAUAUAUGGUGUAAAAAAUUGAUUAUGAGCUUUGCAUUUGAUGGUCUUAUUUGGAUGUUGUUCAUCUUGGUGUCACAGUGGACUUUGGUAUCAGUGCUGUGAGGUUGGUGUGAAACAGCUUUUGUUUAACACUUGACCUUGUCAUUGAUAGACACAAAAUUUGAGUUGGGUUCUUCCAAAGAAGCUUUUUCUACUGGAGCUCAGAACUUUAGCUUGAAAGUUUAAUGCUUCUCAGGGUAUAGCAAUGUUAGUUACAUGUGUUGUUGGAAGUUCACUGAAAUUUGUGCCUUUAGCCAAUACCAGGUUUUGUUUUUCCUGGAUAAAUGCUUUAAUAUUUGGUCUAAUAACAGAGGCAACUGUCACCACCAAGUCUUUCUGGGUUAAGUGUAUCCAUUUUUAUAUGUAGGGAAACUUUUAUGACACAGCUGUGUGUAUUUUUUGGUUAUCCAUGGUACUGUGUACCUUAUCAUGUACUGAUUACCAUUUCUGACAUUACCACGUUUUUCUUCAAGGAUGAAGCUAAUGAGUCACGCAUGCGUGCUGCUUGUCUUAUUGAUGAGGUCCAGCGCCUGGUAGACCGUCAGAGUGGCCUUUAUUCUGUAUACUCUGACACCAUCCAAAAGUUUAAAUCAAGCAAAGAUGCCACCGCCUUUGCUAAUGCACGCAAGAAGUUAGAUGGAGAUUACCGCUCCAUCAGCAAUCAGAUCACUCAGGUGCAGAACUCCCUUAACAAGGAACAACCUGAAGUUGCUGAGAAGGUGAGACUAAUGUUCUUUUAAAAGCUUGGUACAGAACUUUUUGUCAUGGCAGAAAGCUUCUUAGUGAACAGUUCCAUGCAUUCACUUCCUUGUUAACAUAGAUUCCUGUCAAAAUCCAAUGAUCCAAGUUAUUUUUUCAGUUCACAUUUGUUGGUCACUACAAUCUCAGUCAUCCAAGGAGUUCAGGAAUUAUUUCCAGGUUAUAAGUACUGAAAAAUAGUAAUGGUUUGUGUGAAAAACAAACAAAACAAACAAACAACCAAAAAAAACCUUGGAAUUUGAAACCUUAAACCAGUUUUUUUUCCCCUGAGACUUGAAUAUACAACACUUGUAUAUGGACUAGUCUUGUAGUUUCCAAAAUGACUCUGCAGGUAGAGAAAGAAUGGUGCAAGGUGUCCAGAGCUAUUUGCCUUUGUUUGUCAUGCAUUUUAUCCAUGUUAUUUUCUUUGUUGGUGAGGGGAAGGGGUGGAUAUGUGGGGGAGGGGGGGGUACGUUGGGAGCUGUUAUUUUUUCAGGGAAACACUGAUCAGAGGAGGAUAUUCAUAUAUAACAGGGUGCUGACUGGAGCCUCUGUCUCAUUUAACUUUUAUAGCUUACAGACCUUCUGCGCAAAGAACAUGAGAGGAAGCAGGCACUGGAUGGAGCCAUUUCUUUGGCUGAGAAAGUGGUGGUUGGCCGCCUUAGCAAGCAAGGAUAUGUGGAGAGCGAGUCUAACAACAAGACAAAGAGGCAGAAGCUGAGUGCUGAGAUUGAAGCUCUGGCUACCAGCCUUUAAUGAAGUUACUUAGUAAUCCCUGUGAUGUCAUGGUGAUAUCUGUUUCCUUAACCCCUUAACUCCCAAGAGUGACCAAGACAGAAUUUAUCCUUACAACAUCAAUACAAUGUGAAGAAGACAAGUGAUAAAAAUAAAGAGAAAUAUCAGAUGGGCAAUUGUUAGUUGAUUCGAUACCGAAUUCUCCAAACUAACAUCAUAAGAACUGUAUGGCAGACAGUAAGGAGAAUUACUUUUAAGAUCUAGGAGCGAAAUGGUUAAUCACUUUUAGCCAUAUUAACGAUAAUCUUUACUCUACAACAGAAAGCGAUGAACAUCUUGCUUCUGAACAUUACAGAGUGUAAGCACAGGAAUCUCUUUAGCAGCAAUUGAAUGAGUAGGCCCUUUCUCAUCUAAUACAUUGGUAACCUGACAUAUUGAGCAUGCAAUUUCAUGAUUUGAGUUAAUUGCGUUUGAUUAAAGAAUUUGAUAAUGAAUGGAGAGAUUCAGGAUAAAAAAGUGAGAGAAAAUAUGUUAUGUUAAUAGUUAAGGAAGAUGGUGACUUGAAUGUCACAAGCAUGCAAUGAAGAUUUAUUCUGUACACGUACAGUUAGACAGAUUCUGUUGAGAUCACCUCAGAGCUAAGUUUGUGAAAGAUCCUCACGAUGAAUAGAAAUUAUAAUACAAAACGCAAGACCCUUGUUUCACGUAAAGGGGAUACCUUCUAGUACAGAUAAAGCUGAGUUAAAGUUAUCACUGACAUCACAGGGUUUAUUGAAGUGAUCAUCAAAAUAAAACAAGUUAACUUCGAGUGUUUAGGAAGAGACUAUUCUCUUAGUUUUUCAGUUGCUUAAGGUUAUGUCCCAUUUUAUCACUUAUGUUAACGUGAUACACUGUGAAGUGGUAAUUUCGGGUCUUUGAACCCUCUAUUGUAGGUUCUGCCUAUU